AUGGCUUUGCAAACACCAAAACAAAGAGCGGCUAACGCCAAGUUUGAAAAAAAAGUAACAAAGCAUUGGGGAAAACCUAAAUCGGAUAAAGAAAAAGUGGAGUAUCCAGUGUCAAAAACAUGGUUGUUUGUGUUGUUGUUUUUAGUAGCCGGCGGAGCUGUUUUAGAAUUGAUUCGAAUGCUUUUUUAG